UUUAGCAUCAGUUUGACAUUUGUAACAUGUAACUCAUAUUACUUAGGUGAGCGAUCCAGAGUCAUCAUGAUCCUCUUGUUUUACUCUUAAUAACUUGUCUGCUUUUAUUGUUAAAUGUGUUAAUAAAAAUUGACAAAAGAUAUUUUUGGAUCAGAUAAGCAUGUAUAUGUGGUUAUCUCUUGAUGUCAUGGCUAAAUUUUUAUUGCAGCUGCUUGUGAAAAUGUAAAUGGAUUUCCUAUACUUUGUUGACUUUAAUCUGUAAUUAAAAUUUACUGGAUAACCCAACAGUAUCUAUUUCAUUGAACUGAUCUUUUCAGAUUAAGUGUUGAUGAACACUGUCAUGGUUUUAGUGAUUAGUGUAUUGGCUACAGAAUAGUACUAGGGGCUUAAGAAAGAGUUACAAGUACUGUACCUUAGAGAUUCAACCUUCAGCCAUAGAAUCAAAGGGAAGCAACUUUGAAGUAAAGUUCCCUCCAGCUUAACAGAAAUGCCAGAUAAUCAGGGUGUGCCAGUUGACUGUGGAUGGGCAUGGGUUAUUGUCAUUGGUUACUUCAUAGGAAUAUUCUGCAUGGUCGGGAUUGCUAAAUCAUUUGGUAUAUUGCUGGUGCAAUUUGUUGACUAUUUUGACAUUCCGGUUGCUAUAGCAGCACUGAUCAUGGGUGUGUCAGGUGGAGUGUACACAUUGGCAGCUCCUGUUUGUGUUGCGGCUGGCCAACAUUUUACACAGAGAAGAGUUGUAAUGAUAGGUGGCCUAAUUGGAGCACUUGGUCUGUCUUUGAGUGGUUUCCUGUUUAGUAUAGAAUGGGUAAUCUUCACUUUUGGAGCACUUUAUGGGUUUGGUAAUGCCUGUCUCUUUGGUAAUGGACUGGUUAUAAUAGGACAAUAUUUCAACAAGAGGCGUGGUCUUGCUAAUGGCCUGUCACUGUCAGGGGCAAGUCUAGGACAGUUUGCAAUCCCUCCAUUAUUACAGUUCCUGCUGGACACGUACUCUCUAAAGGGUACCCUGAUUAUCAUUGGAGGCAUGUAUCUUAAUGUGAUAAUGUGUGGAGCGUUAUUUAGGCCAACAUCGUUCUACAGCAAACGUCAUACUAUAGUAGACAGUAGCAAAGAACAGGAGAAACUUUUGAAUAAACAAGAAGACUGGAAGGCAAACCAGAUUGUAAAACCAGCAGAGCCUAAAGACGAAGAAGCUGCAGAAUACCAUUUGAAAAGUUCUGGCGAGGGUUUGUUCGAGACUGUGAGGUAUCGGGCUUCUAGCACAGGAAGUGUUGUCAUAGGAAGUGUAGACAGUCUGCAUUCUUUAGCACUUGAUACAGAUAACCAGUCUAAAAAUAAAAUGGCUGACAAUGAGGAAAACAAUUCUAAAAAUAAAUGUAUACAGUUUCUCUCAGGAUUAUUAGAUUUCAGUGUUUUGAGAAGUUUUGUAGUUAUCUUAUUUAUACUAGUAAGUUUUUUGUUAUUUUUCGGGCAUUUUAAUUUUAUUUUGUUUAUGCCUCCCACCGCAGGAAGUAGAGGUGUUUCAAAAUAUGAUACAGCAUAUCUUGUCUCAAUUACUGGUAUAUGUGAUCUCUUUGGGCGUGUCUUAGUGGGUGUGGCUGGUGAUCUGCAGUUUAUUGCUAGGUACAAACUUAUGGGAUUAGCAACUUUAUUGUGUGGAUUUUCUAUUUUUGGAUUCAACUUAGCACAGGAGUAUUGGCUGAUGGCUGUGUUUGUUGGUUGCUAUGGAUUCCUAGGUGGUUGCUAUGUGUCAAUCAAUGCACCAGUGUUAAUAGAUCUUGUUGGACUUAAGUUGAUGCCAAAAGUUCUAGGACUUGUGGUGUUUAUACAAGGUCUUGGAGCUGCUGUUGGACAACCAGUUUUGGGUGCUAUAAGGGACCAUCUAGGUUCAUAUGAAGUAGUGAACUAUAUAUGUUGUUGUUCUAUGGUUGCCGGGGCUGUACUGUUGUGUUUGUAUCCACUUGUAAAGAAAGUCCAGGAACGUCGAGAGGCGACCCUGACAGCAUAUACGAAGGAAGUUGUGCUUACAGUUGACAGCUGAUGCAUCAAUUAAAUUAAGGCAGGAAAUGUCUGUUAGUGAUUUUAUAUCUAAACAGCUGUGAUGACUUUACACAUAGAAUGUUUGAACUGGUUGUUGAUUGCCUAAUUGAGUUUUAAUGAUUUCAAACUAUUUAGAAAAAUCAAGAAAGUUCAGCUCAUUUAAAUCAGUUGAGAGUGAUUGAUACAGUUUAGUUUAACCAUUCCUAGAGUUACUUUUUGAUCCACCUUUCAAUAUGAAGGUUUUUAUGCCCCCGAAGGGAGGCAUAUUAGUUUUCAACUGGCCGUCCGUUCGUUUGUCGCAACGUUAACUUUUUGCAUGAAGGCACUUUACUCACAAACCACUGCACCCAGGACCUUCAAACUUGACAUGCUGAUAGUACUUAUUGAGUACACGACCCCUACUGACUUUGGGGUCACCGGGUCAAAGGUCAAGGUCACCAGGUCAAAGGUCAAGGUGCUGCGAGGACAUUUGUCACCAUUAGUGACAGCUCUUGUUAUUGUCUUUAUUGUUUUUAGAAAUAACUCCUUAAGUAUAUGUGUAACUACAACAAUGUAUUUACUUUUCUUAUUAAAUGGAUCAAUUUUAUUUUGUAAUCUAAUAUAUAUUUAACCAUUUAAUAUAUUUUUAUUAUUCAGUUAUGGAUUUUUAAUGUAACUAGCAAUGUACAACAUAUAACUUCAUUUAAAACAAAACAUCUGAGCUCAAGGGUGAGCUGUUGUUAUCACCCAUCAUCAUGAGUCUUCAUUUAAAAUGUUUGUAAUUAAACAUUAGAGAAUCCCAUUUGUUUAGUAAUAUUCAUGAAACUUACAAGGAAUUUUCUUGCCACAAAGUCUUUGAUUGUGUCAAGUUAUUGGAAUGAUUGAUAACACAAGAUUUAUCCUUGGAAUAAGUCAAAAUUGCAGUAUUCCACAUUGUUAACACAUUGGAGGCCAUAUUUUUUGUGAAAUCAUUGAACUUAAAUAGAACAAUAAUGGGCUAAGUUGAUUUAGUCGUAGCAAGAUUAUGGUGUUGAAGUAUUCAAUAUUGCCAUACAAUUGUAACAAGUUACUGUAAAAUGUGAAAUAUUUUUGAGGCAUUUUCUUUUGCUGUAUUUACUGAAUAUCUGUAUUAUCUAUUUCCAAAAAUGAAUACUUGCGAAAGUACUGUUACUGUUAACAAAAGUCACAAGUUGGUCAUACACAACUAAUAUUCUGCCUAUUGAACUAUAAUUCAUAAUUUUUAGCUCAUCUGAUUUUUUGAAAAAAAAUGAUGAGUUAUUGUCAUCACUUGAGCGGUUGUCGGCGUCGGCGUCGGUGUCGGCGUUGCCUGGUUAAGUUUUAUGUUUAGGUCAGCUUUUUUCUAAACUAUCAAAGCUAUUGCUUUGAAACUUGGAAUACUUGUUCACCAUCAUAAGCUGACCCUGUAUAGCAAGAAACAUAACUCCAUCUUGCAUUUUGCAAGAUUUAUGGCCCCUUUUGUACUUAGAAAAUAUCAGAUUUCUUGGUUAAGUUUUAUGUUUAGGUCAACUUUUCUCCUAACUAUCAAAGCUAUUGCUUUGAAACUUGGAAUACUUGUUCACCAUCAUAAGCAGACCUGUACAUCAAGAAACAUAACUCCAUCUUGCUUUUUGCAAGAUUUAUUGCCCCUUUUGGACUUAGAAAAUCAGUUUUCUUGGUUAAGUUUUAUGUUUAGGUCAGCUUUUAUCCUAAACUAUCAAAGCUAUUGCUUUGAAACUUGCAACACUUGUUCACCAUCAUAAGUUGACCCUGUACAGCAAGAAACAUAACUCCAUCCUGCUUUUUGCAAGAUUAAUGGCCCCUUUUGGACUUAGAAAAUAUCAGAUUUCUUGGUUAAGUUUUAUGUUUAGGUCAACUUUUUCUCUUAAACUAUCUAAGCUAUUGCUUUGAAACUUGCAACACUUGUUCACCAUCAUAAGCUGACUCUGUACAGCAAGCAACAUAACUCCAUCCUGCUUUUUGCAAUAAUUAUUGCCCCUUUUGGACUUAGAAAAUCAUUUUCUUGGUUGAGUAUUAUGUUUAAGUCAACUUUUCUCAUAAAUAAUUAAAGCUAUUGCUUUAAAACUUGCAACAGUUUUUCACCAUCAUAAGUGGACACUGUACAUCAAGAAACAUAACUCUAUUCUGCUUUUUGCAAGAAUGAUGGCCCUUUUUAGACUAGAAAAUCAUGGGUAGGACAAUAUUUCUAUUACACAAAAAAAAUCAGAUGAGCGUCAGCACCCGCAAGGCGGUGCUCUUGUUUAUAAAUGAACUUUCAUCCUUGUGAAGAGAUCUGAUUUUACAUUUAGAUACCUCAUUUCUAGGACAAUCUCUAUAAAUCUCACACAAUAUAUGAAUGACUACAAGUUAGAUAAUGGGCAAGGUGAGUUAGAUAACACUGUUGAGUUAGUGAAAUAAAUUUACCACCAUUUUGCCUUCAUUCAGAGUACUUACAUGAAAACCCGAAGUACAGUCUAAACUGCACUAACAGUCGCCAACCGGUAUAUAUACAAUGACCAACUUGCGAUAGUCACCUUGUAAUGGCUACUCCAAGUCAGUCCCUCUGGUAACUGCUGAAAAUAGUCUAACUUGUACAAGCAUUCAAGAGAGUGAUAUAUAAUCAUUUUACAGUAUUUGUGUGGUUAUUUUACACAUUAAGAGACGUAUUAUGUUAUACACCCGGUGUCCGUCCGUUAGCAAUUUUGUGUCCACUCUGUAACUCUUGAACCCCUUGAAGGAUUUUGAAGAAACUUGACACAAAUGUUCACCACAUCGAGAUGACUUGCAGAGUGCAUGUUCUGGAUGGCUCGCUUCAAGGUCAAGGUCAAACUUAGAGGUCAAAGGUCAUAUGACUUUGUUUCGUAUCCACUCUCUAACUCUUAGACCCCUUGAAGGAUUUCGAAGAAACUUGACACAAAUGUUCACCACAUUAAAAUGACAUGCGGAGCACAUGUUUCGGAUGGCUUGCUUCAAGGUCAGGGUCACACUUAGGGGUCAUAUGACUUUGUUUCAUGUGUAUAUUGCUCUGCAUUGCGGUUCUCUUGUUUUUAUUUAGCAGAUCCCUUUUUUGUUCGCUUACAAUAAUUAUGUCUCCCACCACACAGUGGUGUGGGAGAAAUAUUGAUUUACUCCUGUCUGUUUGUCCAUGUGUGUGCCAGUCUGUCACAAAUCUUGUCUGCACAUUGUGCAAUCUUGUUGAACUUUUCUCAUCCAAUCUUCACCAAACUUGAACAAAAUGUGUUUGACCAUAAGUCCUCAGCCAAGUUUGAUAACUAGCCAAAUUGACCCAGGCACUUCGGAAUUAUGGCCCUUGAAUUAACGAAAAACGCUCAGGCCUUUGGGCAUAAAUGACUCAUAAUUAUUAUACUACUAAUCAUGUGAAUAGUAGUAUAGGAGUCAUUUAUGCCCAAAGACCUAAUCAUGUCAGAUCAUGGGCUGAUCCAUCGGAGGGGUCAGGGGGGUCUGGACCCCUCCUAGAAUUUUCAAAGUUAAUGGUGAAAACUUUUAAAGCUGCACUUUCACAGUUGAACAAACAGUAUAAAAUUCAUAUUAUAACGUACUGCUGCUGCGGUCCCCUGCAGAUGAUUAGGCAGUUGAGGUCCUGGUGCAUGGUUGACUCAUAUACUACUAUUUAGAUGAUUAGGCAGUUGUGGGAGACAUGCGCUUUUCUCAAAAGCAUCUCUAGUUUUUUUUACCUCACCUGUCACAUAGUGACAAGGUGAGCUUUUGUGAUCACCCUUCGUCCGUCAUCUGUCGUCUAUGCGUCCGUGCGUGCGUCCAUCAACAAUUUCUUGUCUGCACGAUAGUGGUUUCAUUUAUGAUUUUAUUUUAACCAAACUUGCACACAACUUGUAUCAUCAUAAGAUCUCGGUUCCUUUCUUGAACUGGCCAGAAUCCAUUAUGGGUUCCAGAGUUAUGGCCCCUGAAAGGGCCAGAAUUAGCUAUUUUGACCUUGUCUGCACAAUAGCAGCUUCAUUUAUGAUUUUAUUUUAACCAAACUUGCACACAACUUGUAUCAUCAUAAGAUCUUGAUUCCUUUCUUGAACUGGCCAGAUUCCAUCAUGGGUUCCAGAGUUAUGGCCCCUGAAAGGGCCAGAAUUAGCUAUUUUGACCUUGUCUGCACAAUAGCAGCUUCAUUUAUGAAUUGAAUUGAAUCAAGCUUGCACCAAACUUGUGUCACCAUAAGAUCUUGGUUCCUUUUUUGAACUGGCCAGAUCCCGUUAUGGGUUCCAGAGUUAUGGCCCCUGAAAGGGCCAAAAUUAUCUAUUUUGACCUUGUCUGCACAAUAGCAGCUUCAUUUAUGAUUUGAUUUUAAUCAAACUUGCACACAACUUGUAUCGCCACAAGAUCUUUGUUCCUUUCUUGAACUGGCCAGAUUCCAUCAUGGUUUCCAGAGUUAUAGCCCCUUAAAGGUCCGAAAUUGGCUAUUUCGGCUUUGCAGCCAUAUAGAAACUUCAUUUAUGGUUUGAUUUGACACAAACUUCCAAAAUAUCUUCAACAACAAUAAAUCUUGGAUUCCAUGAUGAACCUGUCAGAUCCAAUCGUAGGUUCCAGAGUUACUUUAUAUCUGAUUACCUCCCCUGAUUGUAAUCAAAAUGGAUUUAUAUCAGUAAGUACUUAUAAUACUUACAUUGUAUUUGAAAUUUCAUUAUUGUCAUUAGUUGGACUGAGACAAUCAGGGUAGAUAACUAUGGACUGAUUUUAUAUCAAAUUACCUCCCUUUAUUUCAAAUUAAAAUGGUUAUAUCUCCGUAACUUAUAAAGAUACUGAUCUGAAAUUUCAUUUAUGUCAACUGAUGGACUUAAACAAUCAGUGAAGAUACAUAUUGACUGAAAUUAUGACAAAUUACCUCCUUUAUUUGGUUUGAAACGAUCAUAUCAUUUUGAGCAAUGGUAUUCAGGUGAGCGACACAGGGCCAUCAUGGCCCUCUUGAUUUUUAAUUACUUCCCUUUUGUGUUACUAUAAAAGCUUGUUUUGUAACUUUUUCAUUAUCGGCCGUAGGGAAAAUCGAAACCACUUUUUUGUGGUAGGCCUACAACAUGGAUGGUACCUUCAAGGUGUAUUUUGACAUAUCUGCACCUGGUAAGGAUUUUUUUGGGGCUUAGAAUUUUUUUUUUCUGUGGACUUAGAAUUUUUUUUUUUGAAAUUUCUUCCCUUUGUUGUUCCUGUCCUUUGGGCGUCAACAGUCAAGUUCUUUAAAUUUUGGUCCCAUCAUCUGAUAUAACUCUUCAGUCACAUUUAGGGGUCAAAGUUCAUACCUUUGGGCGUAUAUUGCUCCGCAUUGCGGUGUUCUUGUUUUUAUAAUGUAUUAUUUUGUUACAACCACAUUUUUAAAUUUGUCUGACUGUAUCCUCCUAAAUGCAUUUUUUCCAUUUAUUGAAAUUUAAUUAUUGUGAGAUCUCUUUAGAAUGUUUAAGUCUGUAUAAAAGUUAUGUCAAGAAAUUGAAUCUUUGAAUAUAUACUGAGUAUCUAUUCUUGAUCAGAGCAGGGUCAAAGCCUUCCACACCCAAGUUGAGAGGUCAACACCCUGACCGCUAGAUCACACUCACCCUAUGGAAUCUUUGAAAUUGGUCAACCAAGAGUAAUAAUGAUUUCUAAUACGCCAUUUUUGCUGAAACCACGAAAUCUUAUGUCAGCAAAUUUCAAUGAUUACAGAGUAUUUUAAAAUCAAAAAGUUUUCAAUUUUGAAAUAAUAGUUUACAUGUACUUGUUUUAAAUAAAAAAACAAACUACUCCAGAAAUAUAUACUAUUCUGUUUUUAGCUCACCUGUCACAAAGUGACAAGGUGAGCUUUUGUGAUCGCGCGGUGUCCGUCGUCCGUGCGUGCGUCUGUAAACUUUUGCUUGUGACCACUCUAGAGGUCACAUUUUUCAUGGGAUCUUUAUGAAAGUUGGUCAGAAUGUUCAUCUUGAUGAUAUCAAGGUCAAGUUCGAAACUGGGUCACGUGCCUUCAAAAACUAGGUCAGUAGGUCUAAAAAUAGAAAAACCUUGUGACCUCUCUAGAGGCCAUAUAUUUCACAAGAUCUUCAUGAAAAUUGGUCAGAAUGUUCACCUUGAUGAUAUCUAGGUCAAGUUCGAAACUGGGUCACGUACCUUCAAAAACUAGGUCAGUAGGUCUAAAAAUAGAAAAACCUUGUGACCUCUCUAGAGGCCAUAUAUUUCACAAGAUCUUCCUGAAAAUUGGUCAGAACGUUCAUCUUGAUGAUAUCUAGGUCAAGUUCGAAACUGGGUCAUGUGCCAUCAAAAACUAGGUCAGUAGGUCAGAUAAUAGAAAAACCUUGUGACCUCUCUAAAGGCCACAUUUUUCAUGGGAUCUGUAUGAAAGUUGGUCUGAAUGUUCAUCUUGAUGAUACCUAGGUCUAGUUCGAAACUGGGUCACGUGCGGUCAAAAACUAGGUCAGUAGGUCUAAAAUUAGGAAAACCUUGUGACCUCUCUAGAGGCCAUAUAUUUCACAAGAUCUUCAUGAAAAUUGGUCAGAAUGUUCACCUUGAUGAUAUCUAGGUCAAGUUUGAAAGUGGGUCACGUGCCCUCAAAAACUAGGUCAGUAGGUCAAAUAAUAGAAAAACCUUGUGACCUCUCUAGAGGCCAUAUUUUUCAUGGGAUCUGUAUGAAAGUUGGUCUGAAUGUUCAUCUUGAUGAUAUCUAGGUCAAUUUUGAAAGUGGGUCACGUACCUUCAAAAACUAGGUCAGUAGGUCAAAUAAUAGAAAAACCUUGUGACCUCUCUAAAGGCCAUAUUUUUCAUGGGAUCUGUAUGAAAGUUGGUCUGAAUGUUCAUCUUGAUGAUAUAUAGGUCAAGUUCAAAACAGGGUCAUGUGCGGUCAAAAACUAGGUCAGUAGGUUUAAAAAUAGAAAAACCUUAUGACCUCUCUAGAGGCCAUACUUAUGAAUGGAUCUCCAUAAAAAUUGGUCAGAUUGUUCACCUUGAUGAUAUCUAGGUCAAGUUUGAAACUGGGUCACGUGCUUAAAAAACUAGGUCAGUAGGUCAAAUAAUAAAAAAACCUUGUGACCUCUCUAGAGGCCAUACUUUUCAUGUGAUCUGUAUGAAAGUUGGUCUAAAUGUUCAUCUUGAUGAUAUCUAGGUCAAGUUUGAAACUGGGUCAACUGCGGUCAAAAACUAGGUCAGUAGGUCUAAAAUUAGAAAAAUCUUUUGACCUCUCUAGAGGCCAUAUUUUUCAAUGGAUCUUCAUGAAAAUUGAUCUGAAUGUUCACCUUGAUGAUAUCUAGGUAAGUUUCAAAACUGGGUCACGUGCGGUCAAAAACUAGGCCAGUAGGUAUAAAAAUAGAAAAACCUUGUGACCUCUCUAGAGGCCAUAUUUUUCAUGAGAUCUUCAUGAAAAUUAGUGAGAAUGUUCACCUUGAUGAUAUCUAGAUAAAAUUCAAAACAGGGUCAUGUACCUUCGAAAACUAGGUCAAUAGGUCAAAUAAUAGAAAAACCUUGUGACCUCUCUAGAGACCAUAGUUUUCAAUGGAUCUGUAUGAAAUUUGGUCAGAAUUUUUGUCUUGAUAAUAUCUAGGUCAAGUUCAAAACUGGGUCACAUGAGAGCAAAAACUAGGUCACUAUGUCAGAUAAUAGAAAAAACGACUUCAUACUCAAAACUGGGUCAUGUGGGAAGAGGUGAGCGAUUCAGGACCAUCAUGGUCCUCUUGUUAGAAAAAUAUCAUGUGACACAUUCUCCUGAUUUACUAUAUGUUAAACUUAGUAGAUAUUUAUUUACAUUUAUGUUGAAGAAGGAUCGCAGUAGUCAAAAUAAUAAGUUGGUUGUUAGUUCUGCUAACUCAUUUUAGUAUUAGUAUUACUGUUUAAGGUAAUUUUAUUGUGUCUGCACACUUUCAGUCUAAAAGGGAGAGAAAUGUUUAAGAGAGAUCUGUACCUAUUCUGAUCUGUACCUAUUCUUGUACAUAAAUGUAUUUCUUGUAAUAUUGUUUGUUUUAGAUGGAACUUUUUAAAAGGUGCUCAAGAAUAUUUACACCUUUUAUUUCUCAUGAGCUUUUAGGAUAGUAAGUUGCCGAUCUUCCGUAGUUACUUGUCAUGUAGUCAAGUGGGUUCAGAUUUUUCCAAAAAUGCCAUAUUUAAGUAUGUUUUCUCUCCACUAGCUUUAUUUUUGCCAUUAAAACAGGAAUGUUAUUACAUUCUCAGUCUCAGUUGAUCAGGGUUGUCUUGAUUUAUCACAAAAUGGUGAAUCACUAGUGUGGGUGUGUGAUCACCUAUCCUUACCAUGCUUAGUCAGAAUGUGUAUUCCAGUUAAACCUUUGUCAAAUUUUAUUAUUUGCCAUGUAGGGCCAUUUAAUGUAGACAUGAGUGCUCUUAAUUUAGCAAAAUAUUGCAGUCUUUCAUUUCAGGACCAUUGUUAAGCGUCAUCUUUUCACCAGAAUUGAUCAUAUUUGGAUGUAUAUGCAUAUGUGAUCUGUGUGAAGUUACAACUUUGGUAAGAUCAGACAAUAGAUAUAGCAGUUAUCCACAUAUCGACCGAACCUAAAACUUAAAAAGGCAACAAUUGUUUUAUUAUUAAAUCCAGCCUACUUAUAGGUAUAAAAAUUGAAUACAAAUAUCUUCAGCCUUUGGUCAUUUUUCGUAGUAAAUUGUAUACGACGUCGCAUUGUUUUGACAUCACAGCUGGAGGUCAAUAUGUGUUUUUGGCUCCGCUUUUGAGUCAUGAGACUUUUUAUCAUUGAUCAUGUGACUACAUCUAGACCAAUGGAAAGGACUAUAAAUAUAGAUUUAAUAAUAAUGUAACUUAUUGGCAUUUUUAUAAGACAUCAUUAUACAAAACUUUGUAUGUGAAAUUAUAUUGGGUGUAUUUAUACAAGAAGUAGAGCACCCUUGAUCUCUCUUUAUCAGAUGUGUUUUUAUUCAGGAUUGUAAUUUUCAUGUGCUUAAUAGGUAAACAAACUAAAUAACAUUUAAAUAUCAUUUUAGGUACUUUAUUUGUGUUGUUAUCUGUAUAUAAAUAUCUGUGUCAAAACUAGUUAAUACUGUGACAAGUAUGUGGUGGGAUACCUCGUAAAACUAAAAAAAACAACUGUUCCCUCUUUUGUCAAUGAUUAGAGCAUUUAUGGAAACUAGGGUGCUGUAGAAAAUGGUGUACCGAAUGGAUAAACAUAAAUAUUUAGAUUAAGCAAAACUUUUUGUUGAGUCCAUGUAUAAAUGAAACAUUCACAGAGAAUGUCCGCAGAAUUAAAAUCAGGAAAAAAUGUGUUUUGCAUCAUCUUGCAAUACCAGUGAUACUCAUUUGUUAACUUCCCUUGCAGUUAUGUCUUUGAGUUCCUGCGGCUGUUAUUCAUCAAGUUUAAAAUUUAGACUAUGAUGUAAGAAUGUCAAGAAGUCAAUUGGUUUGCAGUUAAUUCUACGCCACUGAAUUAUUGAUGCGCUAUCAGUAGGUAGAGACUGAACAAUUCAUUUAAUAUUGUAUAUACAGUCUUUCCAGUUCUACAAUUAAAUUUCAGACUUUGAAUGAAUUUGGGCCCAGUCAUUUUUACUUUUUCAAAAGUUAUAGUUAAUAUGUGUAUUGCAUUUACUUUAGUGAAUUAUAGUUAAUACAUGUUUUCUUGCAUUUAUUUGAGCAUAAUAAUUACAGUAGAACACCGUGCGCUGGAGUAUCAAUGGUGCAAACACCCAGGCUUACUUUAGCAAAGUUACACAUUUUGUUCACCCCCCUUGCAACUUGCAGCGAUGGGUGUUUUACUGUAAAUUUGUUUUUGAGAUUUGAAAUUCUGUCCAUUAUUGAAGUUUUUAAAUAAUUUUUUUUCGGCUUUUUGCCUUUUGUUUAAUAAUUUAUAUUGUUAUUAGCUAUUGUUGUUUAUCUUUAUUGACGAAGUUUUAAUUAUUUGGUAAGGGAAAUUCUAUUCUUUAAAAAACUUUGUUGUUGUUGUGUUAGUGAUUUAGUUAUGUUUCUUUAUUGUAUACUUAUUAAUAUCAAGGUAUAUUCAAAGUUCCGGUGUAAACAUUACCAGAUAAUCUUUGCUUUUUAACAUUUUUUUCCGUAGAAUUUAACAUUUGCCUUUGUCUCACAAAUUAGCUCCAGCCAUGCUUUAAAUACAUGUAUUGUGUUAUUGUAAAUAGAGAAAUAUAUUUGUGUAUCUGCUGGGAUUCGAAUCUGUACCCUUGUGGCAGCAGCAUCUACAGCUGAAAUAAGUAUGGAACUGCCCUUGCCACUCUGCCGCACACCCCUCACUAAAACAGGUUACACAUAGAAUGGUUACAUCAAAGCCAUUACUCUCGCAACAGGCAUUAUUAACAUGAUCAUUUUUAGCUCACCUGAGCACAAAGUGCUCAAAGGUGAGCUUUUGUGAUCGCCCUGUGUCCGUCGUCCAUCAUCGUCAACAAUUUGACUGUUAACACUCUAGAGGUCACAAUUUAGGCCCAAUCUUAAUGAAACUUGGUCAGGAUGUUACUCUCAAUAAAAUCUUGAAUGAAUUCGAUAUUGGGUCAUCUGGGGUCAAAAACUAGAUCACCAGGUCAAAUCAAAGGAAAAGCUUGUUAACACUCUAGAGGUCACAAUUUUGGCCAAAUCUUAAUGAAACUUGGUCAGAAUGUUACCCUCAAUAAAAUCUUGGACGAGUUCGAUCUUGGGUCAUCUGUGGUCAAAAACUAGGUCACCAGGUCAAAUCAAAGGAAAAGCUUGUUAACACUCGAGGUCACAAUUUUGGCCUAAUCCUAAUGAAUCUUGGUCAGAAUGUUACCCUCAAUAAAAUCUUUGACAAGUUUGAUAUUGGGUCAUCUGGGUUCAUACACUAGGUCACCAGGUCAGAUCAAAGGAAAAACUUCUUAACACUGUAGAGACAGCAUUUAUGACUGUAUCUUCAUGAAACUUGGUCAGAAUGUUAAUCUUGAUGAUCUCAAGGUCCAGUUUGAAUCUGGGUCAUUAAGGUCAAAAACUAGGUCACCAGGUCAAAUGAAAGGAAAACUGGUAAACACUGUAGAGGCCACAUUUAUGAUCAUAUCUUAAUGAAACAUGAUCAGAAUGUUAAUCUUGAUGAUCUAUAGGUCACAUUAAAAUCUGGGUCAGGUGGGGUCAGAAACUAGGUCACUAGGUCAAAUCAAAGGAAAAGCUUGUUAACACUCUAGAGGCCACAUUUAAGACUGUAUCUUCAUGAAACUUAGUCAGAAUGUUAAUCUUGAUGAUCUUUAGGUCAGAUUUGAAUCUGGGUCAUGUGGGGUCAAAAAUUAGGUCACCAGGUCAAAUCAAAGGAAAAACUUGUUAACACUUUAGAGGCCACAUUUCUGACCAUAUCGUAAUGAAACUUGGUCAGAAUGUUAAUCUUCAUGAUCUUUAGUUCAGUAGGUCAGGUGAGCGAUACAGGGCCUUCAUGGCCCUCUUGUUUUAUUCUGGUGUGGAGAGGGAUGCCAUUGCAUGGUAGUAGUGCCAGAGUUACUUCAGUAUCACAAAAUUAAAUCCUUAUUGUCUUCUGCCUAACACUCCUGGUUUCAGCUACUUUUCUCAUUAUUACAGGAGCCAUAUUUUAGUACAUUUUUUGCUUUCUUCUUUGCAAUAGCAAAUACAUUGUUGUCAACAAAAUGAAAUCUACAUAAAAAGUUUUGUGAUGAAUAUGGAGUUUUUUGUUGUGAUAAGAUUCAGCUGUUGACAGACUGGAUGAUGGGAUGCAAACCUAUAGUUCAAUUACACUGCUAAAUGAAAAAAAAAUGAAACCAUUGAAACACAUGAUUUCUUAAUGUAACAUGAAAUUCUAUUCUAAACUAUUCAAAGAACUGCUAUCCAGUAACCACGCUAUACUGAAUGAAACUGUAUCUCUAUAUAGUAAUAAUGUAACAUAUUUUUAUUGAUAAAUUGUCAUAGUACUACUAUUAUUAAAGCUGGGUUGGGGUCUCAACAAUAGAAGUAGAAGUUAUAAUGCUCUCACCCAUGAAAUCAGUUGCUUUUACCACUUUACUUGCAGAAAGCAUGUAUAAUUAAUGGGGGGGAAGGAGGAUUCAUGCUUUUUAUACCCCUGGUGUCCAUCCGUCUGUCCGUCCAUUAGCAAUUUCGUGUCCGCUCUGUAACUCAUGACAACCCCUUGAAGGAUUUCAAAAAAACUUGACACAAAUGUUCACCACACCGAGACAAUGUGCAGAGCGCAUGUUCCGGAUGACUCGCUUUAAGGUCUUAGGGGUCAAAGGUCAAAUCAGUUUGUUUCGUGUCCGCUCUGUAACUUGAACUGCUGGAAGGGUUUCAAAGAAACUUGGCAAAAAUGUUCACCACACUGAGACGACUUGUAUAGUGCAUGUUUCGGAUGACUCGCUUCAAGGUCAAGGUCACACUUAGGGGUCAAAAGUCAUAUAUGACUGCUUUGUGUAUAUUGCUCUGCAUUGCAGUGCUGUUGUUUUUAUUUGGCAGAUCCCUUUUUUGUUCACUUACAAUAAGAUUUUUAGCUCACCUGUCACAAAGUGACAAGGUGAGCUUUUGUGAUCGCGCGGCGUCCGUCGUCCAUCCGUCCGUCCAUCCGUGCAUGCUUGCGUGCGUGCGUAAACUUUUGCUUGUGACCACUCUAGAGGUCACAUUUUUCAAGGGAUCUUUAUGAAAGUUGGUCAGAAUGUUCACCUUGAUGAUAUCUAGGUCAAGUUCGAAACUGGGUCAUGUGCCGUCAAAAACUAGGUCAGUAGGUCUAAAAAUAGAAAAACCUUGUGACCUCUCUAGAGGCCAUAUAUUUCACAAAGUCUUCAUGAAAAUUGGUCAGAAUGUUCACCUUGAUGAUAUCUAGGUCAAGUUCGAAACUAGGUCAUGUGCCAUCAAAAACUAGGUCAGUAGGUCUAAAAAUAGAAAAACAUUGUGACCUCUCUAGAGGCCAUAUAUUUCACAAGAUCUUCAUGAAAAUUGGUCAGAAUGUUCACCUUGAUGAUAUCUAGGUCAAGUUCGAAACUGGGUCACGUGCGGUCAAAACUAGGUCAGUAGGUCUAAAAAUAAGAAAAACCUUGUGACCUAUCUAGAGGCCAUAUUUUUCAUGAGAUCUUCAUGAAUAUUGGUCAGAAUGUUCACCUUGAUGAUAUCUAGGUCAAGUUCGAAACUGGGUCACGUGGGGUCAAAAACUAGGUCAUUAGGUCUAAAAAUAGAAAAACCUUUUGACCUCUCUAGAGGCCAUAUUUUUCAAUGGAUCUUCAGGAAAAUUGGUCAGAAUGUUUACCUUGAUGAUAUCUAGAUCAAGUUCGAAACUGGGUCACGUGGGGUUAAAAACUAGGUCAGUAGAUCUAAAAAUAGAAAAACCUUGUGACCUCUCUAGAGGCCAUAUUUUUCAUGAGAUCUUCAGGAAUAUUGGUCAGAAUGUUCACCUUGAUGAUAUCUAGGUCAGGUUCGAAACUGGGUCACGUGGGGUCAAAAACUAGGUCAGUAGGUCUAAAAAUAGAAAAACCUUGUGACCUCUCUAGAGGCCAUACUUCUCAAUGGAUCUGCAUGAAAACGGGUGAGAAUGUUCAGCUUGAUGAUAUCUAGGUCAGGUUCGUAACUGGGUCAUGUGCGGUCAAAAACUAGGUCAGUAGGUCGAAAAAUAGAAAAACCUUGUGACCUCUCUAGAGGCCAUAUUUUUCUUGAGAUCUUCAUGAAAAUUGGUGAGAAUGUUCACCUUGAUGAUAUCUAGGUCAAGUUUAAAGUGGGUCACGUGCCUUCAAAAACUAGGUCAUUAGGUCAAAUAAUAGAAAAAGCUUGUGACCUCUCUAGAGGCCAUAUUUUUCAAUGGAUCUUCAUGAAAAUUGGUCAGAUUUUUUAUCUUGAUGAUAUCUAGGUCACAUGUGCUCAAAAACUAGGUCACUAUGUCAAAUAAUAGAAAUAACAACGUCAUACUCAGUUCAACACUGGGUCAUGUGGGGAUAGGUGAGCGAUUCAGGACCAUCAUGGUCCUCUUGUUUGAAUUACUUCCCUUUUAUGUUACUAUAAAUAGCUUAUUUUGAAACUUUUUUAUUAUUGGCCGUAGGGAAAAACUGAGACCACUUUUCUGUGACACAACAUGGAUGGUACCUCCAAUUUUUAGGUGUAUUUUGACAUACCUGUACCUGGUUAGGAUUUUUUGUGGAGUUUGAAUAUUUUUUUGUGGACUUAAUUUUUUUUUGGAAGUUCUUCCCUUUGUUGUUCCAGUCCUUUGGGCUUCAACAGUCAAGUUCUUUAAAUUUUGCUCCCAUCCUCUGAUGUAACCCUUCGGUCGUAUAUUGCCCCCCUUGGCGGAGCUCUUGUUGCUCUUUGUCUGUAAUGUUUUUCUUUUUUUAGCUCACCAGAGCACAAAGUGCUCAAGGUGAGCUAUUGUGACCGGUCAUUGUCCGGCAUCCAUAAACAUUUGCCUUGUGACCACUCUAGAGGCCACAUUUGUGACCCAAUCUUUAUGAAGCUUGGUCAGAAUGUUAGUCUUGAUGAUCUCUAGGUCAAGUUCAAAACUGGGUCAUGCGGGGUCAGAAACUAGGUCAGUAGGUCAGAUCAAAGGAAAAGUUUGUGAACACUCUAGAGGCCACAUUUGUGACCCAGUCUUUAUGAAACUUGGUCAGAAUGUUAGUCUUGAUGAUCUCUAGGUCAAGUUCGAAACUGGGUCAUGUGGGGUCAAAAACUAGGUCAGUAGGUCAGAUCAAAAGAAAAGCUUGUGAACACUAGAGACCACAUUUAUGCCCCAAUCUUUAUGAAACUUGGUCAGAAUGUUUGUCUUGAUGAUCUCUAGGUCAGCUUUGAAAAUGGGUCAUGUGGGGUCAAAAACUAGGUCAGUACAUCAGAUCAAAGAAAUAGAUUGUGAACAUUCUAGAGAACACAUUUGUGAUCCAAUCUUUAUGAAACUUGAUCAGUAUGUUAGUAUUGAUGACUCUAGGUCAAGUUUGAAUCUGGAUCAUGUGGGGUCAAAAACUAGGUCACCUGGUCAAAUCAAAGGAAAACUUGUGAACACUUUAGAGGCCAUGUGUGUGACUCAAUCUUUAUGAAACUGGGUCAGAAUGUUUGUCUUAAUUAUUUCUAGGUCAAGUUUGAAUCAGGGUCAUGUGGGGUCAAAAACUAGGUCACUAGGCCAGAUCAAAGGAAAAUCUUUUCAACACUCUAGAGACCACAAUUUAAAUUUGAAACUCAUGAGAAUUAGUCAGAAUGUUUGUUUUGAUAAUUUAUAGGUCAAGUUCGAAUCUGGGUCCUGUGGAGUAAAAAACACAGUCACUAGUCAGAUCAAAGGAAAAGCUUGAGAACACUCUAGAGGCCACAGUUGUAACCAAAUCUUUGUGAAAUUUAGUCAGAAUGUUUGUCUUGAUGAUCUUUAGGUCAAGUUCGAAACUGGGUCAUGUGGGGUCAAAAACUAGGUCAGUAGGCCAGAUCAACUCUGGUGAGCGACGUAUAGGGCCAUCAUGGCCCUCUUGUUUACUACUUAUUUCCAUUUUUUUGCACCUUAUUAUUGUUUCUAUUAGACCUUAUUUUUUGCCAGAGUUAUUUAUGGCCCCUUUUUGACUUUGAAUUCGGCAAAAUGUCAUUGUUUGAAUACUCAGGAAAGAGUGAAUGGAUUGAAUUCCUUUACAGGUGCUUGGUUAUAAAGUGCAGGCAAAGUUCAAUUUUUGUUACAAUCAACCAGUUUUUUGCAGAGUUAUGGCUCCUUUUCGACUUUAAAUUUGGUUGUCAAUUCAUUAACUGUUUAAUGGGUGAAUGGAUUGUAAUUAUUAUAAGUACACAGGUAUAAGAAACAGUCAGUUUUAAUUUUAUUCACAAUCCAUCAAUUUUUGGCGGAAUUAUGUCCUUUUUUUCUGAUUUGAAAAUUUGAAAAAUGUUGAUGUCCAUUUGAUUAUUUUUGAUUGAAUUUAUUUUUGGAACACAGCCAUAUAAUAUAUUAUAUUUUUGACCAGAUCUGAUUUUUGUUACAAUCUUCCUUUUUAGCUCACCUGUCACAGAGUGACAAGGUGAGCUUUUGUGAUGGCGUGGCGUCCGUCGUCCGUCCGUCCGUAAACUUUUGCUUGUGACCACUCUAGAGGUCACAUUUUUCAUGGGAUCUUUAUGAAAGUUGGUCAGAAUGUUUAUCUUGACGAUAUCUAGGUCAAGUUUGAAACUGGGUCACGUGCGGUCGAAAACUAGGUCAGUAGGUCUAAAAAUAGAAAAACCUUGUGACCUCUCUAGAGGCCAUACUUUUCAAUGGAUCUUCAUGAAAAUUGGUCAGAAUGUUUACCUUAAUGAUAUCUAGGUCAAAUUCGAAACUGGGUCACAUGCCAUCAAAAACUAGGUCAGUAGGUCAAAUAAUAGAAAAACCUUGUGACCUCUCUAGAGGCCAUAUUUUUCAUGGGAUCUGUAUGAAAGUUGGUCUAAUAUUCAUCUUGAUGAUAUCUAGGUCAAGUUCGAAUCUGGGUCAACUGCGGUCAAAAACUAGGUCAGUAGGUCUAAAAAUAGAAAAACCUUUUGACCACUCUAGAGGCCAUAUUUUUCAAUGGAACUUCAUGAAAAUUUGUCUGCAUGUUAACCUUGAUGAUAUCUAGGUAAAGUUUGAAACUGGGUCACAUGUCCGUCCGUCCGUAAACUUUUGCUUGUGACCACUCUAGAGGUCACAUUUUUCAUGGGAUCUUUAUGAAAGUUGGUCAGAAUGUUUAUCUUGACGAUAUCUAGGUCAGGUUUGAAACUGGGUCACGUGCGGUCGAAAACUAGGUCAGUAGGUCUAAAAAUAGAAAAACCUUGUGACCUCUCUAGAGGCCAUACUUUUCAAUGGAUCUUCAUGAAAAUUGGUCAGAAUGUUUACCUUAAUGAUAUCUAGGUCAAAUUCGAAACUGGGUCACGUGCCAUCAAAAACUAGGUCAGUAGGUCAAAUAAUAGAAAAACCUUGUGACCUCUCUAGAGGCCAUAUUUUUCAUGGGAUCUGUAUGAAAGUUGGUCUUAUGUUCAUCUUGAUGAUAUCUAGGUCAAGUUCGAAUCUGGGUCAACUGCAGUCAAAAACUAGGUCAGUAGGUCUAAAAAUAGAAAAACCUUUUGACCACUCUAGAGGCCAUAUUUUUCAAUGGAACUUCAUGAAAAUUUGUCUGCAUGUUAACCUUGAUGAUAUCUAGGUAAAGUUUGAAACUGGGUCACAUGUGGUCAAAACUAGGUCAGUAGGUAUAAAAAUAGAAAAACCUUGUGACCUCUCUAGAGGCCAUACUCUUCAUGAGAUCUUCAUUAAAAUUGGUGAGAAUGUUCACCUUGAUAAUAUCUAGGUCAAGUUCAAAACUGGGUCAUGUGCCUUCAAAAAAUAGGUCAUUAGGUCAAAUAAUAGAAAAACCUUGUGACCUCUCUAGAAGCCAUAUUUUCAAUGGAUCUUUGUGAAAAUUGGGUCAUGUGGAGACAGGUGAGCGAUUCAGGACCAUCAUGGUCCUCUUGUUUAUUAGGUCUUAUUAGUUUUAUUCAUUUGGAACUUUUAACAUUCUUAUUUGAUGAAGCAUACAAUGUAUAUCUGUAUUUUUUAUAAAAAUGAUUUAGUCAGCUCUUUUCUCCCUUUCUUUUUUCUCUAUGACUUCUGGGUAAUACAUAUCAGUUAUUGAAUCUCCAUAGUGCAUAUAUAAGCUUAUCAUUUGAAUAAGAACUACUCGUAUCAGAAUUAUCAAUCAAUCUAGUUUGAAUUACUUCUCUUGGUAGUUCAUUUAUACACAGUUUUGCCAAGAUACUAUAUUUUAACAAAGUUAUAAGUUUUUCAAUUUUUAACAAAGUUAAAAGUUUUUCAAUUUCCAUCUGGACUUAAAUAUAUUUUCAGAUGAGCAACAUGAAAUACAUGUUGCUUCAAAGUUUGGCUGUAAAAAUGUUGAACCAAUUUCAGUAGUUUUGUGAUGGAUAUGUUAAUAAAGUUGUAAACAUACCAGCCAUGUUCUGUUGUACAGCUUUGGAAACCUAUUGCAGAAGAAAUAUUCGGAGUGAGAUUAUAUAGUAAUAUAUUAGUUUUCAUAGUUCCAUUGUAAUACUCAAGAGUGCUUCCACCAAAUAUAUGUGUGGAAACAUUGUUUAUGUUUAUUGUACUUCAUGCUACAAUGCUGUGCUGUCACAGAGACACUUAGCCCUUACAAUGCUGGACACGAUUGAUUCAGCCUUUGUGACCAGUGUAGAUCAUGAUCUGCACUGUUCGCUAUCCAGCCAGUAUCUUUUUGGUAAGCACCCCUUUUAACAGUUAAUGGUACUGUCCAAAUUGGAAGAUGGACAUCAUUAUAGAAAUUUAGCAGGGUAAGGGUUAGAGCAAUGUUUCUGUGCAUUCAUUUUCUGUCAGUGCUUUAAUAUAUAUUGGGACAAUGCUUUUUUCAUGAAAAAAAAAUGAAAAUGCUGUAAGGCAAGAGCUCAACUGUUUUAACAAACAUACAUUGCUGUUUAAUAUAUUUUCCAGUAUUAGAGGUGAAAAUUGUUCAUUAUUUUUGCUUGUUUUAAAAAGUCAGUCGCCAUUGCUUAUGUGUACAGGCCUGAUACCAGUGGAGCAUUUUUGUUAAGUCCGCUGGUUGUGAGCUCGACAUAGUUGUCAUAAUGGCGGUUCAGUGUAUGUGCAUGCAUGCGUCUGUCCGUCAGUCCAUCCCGAGUUUGUCCGGGCUGUAACUUAUCCAUGGAUCAAUGGAUUUCUUAAAUAACUUGGCACAUAUGUUUGCCUCAAUGACAUGGUGUAUUGCAUGCAAGAACCAGUAGCUUAAAGGUCAAGGUCAUACCUUGAGGCCAACGGUCAAAACUCAGUGCGGUUUUACUUGUCCGGGCUGUAACUCAGCCAUGGAUUGGGAGAUUCUUAAAUACUCUGGCACAAAUGUUUGCCGCAAUAAGAUAUGUCAUGUGCAACAACCGGAAAAUGUUAGUCCUUUUGACAGCUGGCGGGCUCGACAUUUUGCCUGUGGGCAUCCAGCUUAAAUAUAUUGUGUAUGUUGAAAGAGUUUGUUAUGAUAUAUGUAUAAGAUAUAUUUGAAAAAUAAAUUUUUAACAG